UUAUGCCAUACGUACUUACAUAACAAGUAUACCUCGGAAAAAAACAAAAAAAAAAUAAAACACAAAAAAUCUAUUUAAACGUGUGGCGAAUGGCCGAAAAAAAAAGAAGAGUUGGACGUGAUGAAUAGAAAUGACGAAUGCCAGUGUAAUACUACUACCCCCCGCCCCCUUUGCUUAUCAAGAAAGAAGACGGCAGUGGGGAGAAAAAGACAAGAAAGAAAAAGAAAGAAAAAUAAAUGUCAAUUUAUUUGCUAUUUCGUUUGGAGCUCUCGUGUGUUUGCGUUGUGCGCGCAACUGGACAUGUUUGCCGGUGUGUAACUGACGGUGUAAAAAGGCGGCCGAGGGAAAGGAGAGAGACUUGGCUGAUUGAGUAGCCUAAUGGGAACAAUGCACGUGUGUGUAUAUGCAACAAAGGCCCGUCUGUGUUGUAUAGAAUCCCCCAGCCGAAAACCACAACAACAAAAAAAAAAAAAGAAAAAGAAAGGGAAAAACUAAUGAUGUCUCACUUCGACAUUGGUGGCAAUCGUGUACUGGCGUUUGCGGACAAAAGAGGUUUAUUGGUGGGAUACAAGUUUCGUUUUUAAAUUUUAUUUCAUCCUCUGAGAAAGACAUCGAUUUGUUUAUGACCCCGACAUGUCGAAGACGAGCGCGAUUCAAGCAUCUGACCGUCGCGGCCAUAAAUCCAAGAUAUUGGGAUUGGAUGUUAUCCAGCGAUCAGCCAACCAUAUCGUUCGGCGAUUAAUUUGGUUAACUGCGUUGACGACGUGUCUCGUUUUGGCCGCCGUUCACGGUGCGAGCCUCAUGCAACGCUAUCGCAGCUACCCGACGCGCGUCCAACUUGACGUCGCCAAUCGGCAGGGCAUUGCGCUUCCGGCCGUGACUGUCUGCCCGCUCGAUCGAUUCGACGUCAACCGUUUGGAACGGCUGUGGCGCCACACGAUUGGCCACGACGCGCACGCAGAGGCCCCGCAUGCCGCUGACCAAUAUUACCAACUGGCUGACGUGUUGCCCGUCCAAGAAUUAUGGAACAAGAUCGCCUACACCGACGCUCAAACUCUUUUCCCUGUGUGCUACCUCGGUCGAGGAAGAGACUGUCAAAGUGAGGGCACUUUUCAAGCUGUCUGGACUCCAUCCGGAACGUGCUUCACGUAUUCAAGUGAACUGAGCACGCUAAGCGGCCAUUUCAACGGCCUUUACGCCCGUCUAAGCAUCGGCCACGAACUUAACGAGUUCAUCAAAUCAUCCGGCUGGAAGGUCACCGUACAUCAAGUGGGCGUCUCUGCGUGGCUGACGUCGUCCAGGCAAUACGCCGAGAUGACGACGCACUACCGGCCGUUCGCGAACGGCACUGUGGGCGGCGGCACGGUCAAGUCCCAGCACAUGAACAUUCGAUUGACGCCUAAAGAAUUUAACCGCAUCGAUCAUCCCCGUCAGCCGUGCAGCUCGGAUGCCUGGAGCCGGGCCGAUUGCGAGAUUGAAUGCUUCCAGCGGAUCGUCACCUCCAUCACGAACUGCAGGCUUCCGUAUAUGACCGACGGUCGUGUUGCUUAUUGCAACACGAGUUCCAGCGUGAGGCGGACGGAGGAAUUAGUUGCCCAACUCAUUACGGAGACUCGCAGCCAAUUAAAAUGCGGUUGCGUUGAAGCUUGUUCCAAGGUUGUUUACAUGUAUGAAAGCGAAUCGCAUACUGUACCCACGGCCUACGGCCGGAUCAAAAUAUUUUAUGAUACGUCUCUAUGGGUGACGGUCAACGAAGUCUUUCUUUACACUUGGGUCAAACUACUUUGCGACGCUGGAAAUAUUCUGUGUUUGCUGUUGGGCGCGUCCGUCCUCACUUUCUUCGAGAUUGCCGAGUACAUCGUCAACCAACUGAUGGCUCUACGUCACUCUUUCAAAUAGGAGCCAGUCCCUGACGCAUCCGCCUCGCACUGGACCGUGGAUCAAAACAAUUUAUUAUUGGGCUCUGUUUUGUGUUCAAUAGCCGUCCGUCCCGUCCGUUUGUCUAAGGCAAAUUCCAACUAUAGAAACUUUCUUUUUGACGCUCAUCGUUCUGCGAAACUGCUGACGAACAUUCCAUCGAUUUCGAUGACCGUUUUGACGGGAAAGUCUGUACUUGUGUGUGUGUGUGCAUGAAAGCGAUCGUCAAAGGCGGACGUAAACAUCCGCCAUCCAUCCUGUACCUUUUGCCACUAACGUAAAUAGUUGCACCGACACGGCUAGUUCCAGCACACCCAGCAAUGGAAUAAUAAGCGGCGAAUCGAUUCAAAGAGGCCGCUAAUCUAUUCAAGAGGGAUCCACUUUCGCACAAGUCCCGUCAUUCACAUCCGUUCCCUGUAACCAAUUAUGAUGCCCGUCAGCCAAACAAACAGUUGGAUCAAUUUCCUUUCGUCCGGACGAUGAAUUACGAGGGGAGGGUUUCAUGGCCCGUGCUGUUUGGGGGGGCGUAUACACGAGCUCUGAAGUGUCGGUGAAUUGCUUUUUGCUGCCUCCUGCUCCUUCACCUCCUUUAAAAAAAAAAAAAAAAAAGGUAAAGUUUAUUUUGUUUUGUUUUUAAGACUGCCCUAUACGCUAAUUUCGAGUCUGCAUUGCGGUAUAAUUAGUAAAGAACCACUUGUGUGUGUGUUGUUGGGAGCGUUCUAGAAAUUGGGGCGGGGGGGGAACGUUUUUGGAUUGCCAACAAACAUGGUUGGAUCUUUUAAUACAAGACGUUCAAUUAAGCUCUACUCCGUCCCACUGGGGCAGGCAUAAAGUUUAGUAGAGCGAGGAUGUUUUUAAACGAGUUUAAUCACGUCCAGCAGUAAAACCUGCAUGUGCGUAUGCACAGGGGAAACGUGAUCGAGACGAUCCAAUUAGUCAGCCGUCACGAUUAAAAGGUUCACUAACGAGACGCCACUUAGACGUCAUUGACUGUGCCAUCGGCUGUUGGUUUAUGCUCGAAGAGAAGGAGAUAGGAUGUCUUUCGUCCUUCCGGGUGCUGUUUCCAUUCAUUUAUAGUUGCCAGACUCGGAAUGCAGAACUGUUGGCUGUACGGUAAAAUUCUAUGCUUUAAUUGUAAUAUGUCGUACGUGAACUGUUGAAUUGGAAACGAAGAAAAAAGGAUUAUUAUGUUGUAGUGAAUAGUUUUCGGAGUUGAUAGGAUAUAGAACGCCAUAUUGUGUCAAAAACAAGGGCAAUCUAGCGUUUCGCGAACUAUGAACAUCGAACCACGCGUACUGUACAAGAAUCUUGACCUUUAAGCAGGUGUUUUACUGAAGAACUUUCACAUUAAGAAUUUUAAUUGUCAAACGUUUUUCUUUUUGAAAGCCAACUUGAUGGGGCGGACACUUUCCCAGAUUAGCAUUAGCUUUCUUUUUUUUUUUUUUUAUGAGAAACUGGUAAGGGUGAUGGAUGUACAUACGUACGUGUAUAUUUCCACAAAA